AUGACUGACCAUGCCAGCCUGAAUGUGUGUCCGACUUGUUCGAAAUCGUACAAGCGACCGGAACAUUUGCGUCGCCAUCAAAUCUCGCACCGCACGGAGCGCCCAUACCAGUGCGAGCUUUGCAGUAGCCGAUUCCAGAGGUCCGAUGUGCUUAAGAGACAUCUCAAGACAUGCGACAGUAUUGCCGACUCCGCCACAUCGGAUCCAUCGGAUCCAUCGGAGCCUAGGCCUAAGAGGCUUGAGUUGUCAAAUAACAACCCAGCACGCAAUAUUGAUGCCUCCUUGCCGAACUCCCACGGAGCGGGGCAUGAACUUCUGGCGGCGGCGGAUGGUCACAGCCAAUCAGUCGAGUACAUUGGCGACGAUUCUUUCGAGCAUUUAAGCGGAUGGAUAUCUUGCGGCCUGUCGGGUAGUCAGUGGGAAGGCCCAACUGAUGGCUGGCAGGCGUUCCUGAACUUGACUUCAGGAACACAAACCCCUCACUCAGGCAUAGACCCUGGCGAACCAGGUAAGGACAUUGGUUCCUUGAGUUUCCUCGGGACUUUCACAAGCACGACUGGUUUGGUGUCCUCAUUCGACUGCGGAACAAUCGAACAAAGGCGACGGGUCAACACCCAUAUUCGGAAUGAAACGGCAGUACCUAGUUUGGGCUGUUCGUCGACCAAUGCGCUGUCGAGAGGCUCGUCUAAUACUAGUGGUGCCUUCGUUGAUGAGGCAACAUGGUGCGAAAUCAACACAGAAUCUACUGUUGAGACGACCCUUAGUCGGUGGCUCUCGGAUCCCUUGUCUUUCAAGUGCCACGAAAUCAUCACUUACAUCAGGAACAUUGUGCUACACAAGUCGAAGAACAGCUGCGUUACUCUAACCUGGUCACCCACAGUACACGAAACCUGUGCUCAGUUCUUCUCUCCGUCCAAUAUUCGGCGAUAUACACAGCUGUAUUGGGCGAUAUGGCACCCGAACGUGAACAUCGUGCACAAGCCGACGUUCGACACGGUGUCGUCGAAACCGGCGCUCCUCGCCGCCAUGUGUCUGAUGGGAGCGUGCGUUUCGCCCGAGCGAAAUGAUCAGGAGAAUUCCAAGCGGUGGUUCAACUGUGUGGAGGAAAUGGUCUUCGAAGACGACGAUUUCUGCGACGAUGCGCCGGCUCCUGUCUGUCGCGAGACCGGCGAGGCCAAGCGGCCCCUCGGAAAGCUUAGAGCUCUCCAGGCAGCCUAUAUAGUGUGUCUCUAUCAGAACUGGGAAGGAUCGAAUUCGAGUAAGCGUCGAAUCCGCCGGCAUCGUUUCAGUACCAUCAUCGCCGUGGCAAGAGACAUUGGCAUUCACAAUGCCAGACAUCCAGAUUACGGUCGCAUGGACCUGUAUGACUUCUCGUUCGCCAACUUCGUAAUGACCGAAGAGUUGAUCCGCGUGUUCCUGUGGGUGUUUCUGCUCGACACCGCCUUCGUUAUCUUCAACAACCUGCCGCCGCGGAUGGUGAUCAGGGAAAUGAAAAUGAGUACAGCCUGUCCUGAAGCAUGUUUCCAGGCCAUGACAGCUGAGGGAUGCUUCAAUACCAUACAGCGCGAGAACAGAACCAACGGACUGCGGUCCACGGUCGCGUCUGAUUUUAGUGCAGCCUUUGAGCUACUCUACACAACCGACAUAGACGAUGCCCUGAGCAUCGCAAUUGCCAACCUCGGACCGCUCAACCUCUUCGCCAUGACCUCUGCACUGCAUUCUCUGAUAUUCCACUAUCAAAGCUCCUUCAGCUGUCAGGGUUCGCUAUAUCCGAUCCAAAAUGCCCUCAAGGCUUGGGGAAAGGUGUGGCAUGUCUAUGCGACUCGGUCAUCCCUUGACCCCUGCCACUCCACCGUAACAUCCGACAUGGACCUUCUUACGCCCAGUGACAUGUGGAAGCGCGUGGGGUUCGUGCGACAUGCAGACGAGUACUGCCACCUCGCCGACCUCAUGGUACAAAGACUUUCUGCGCUACUCGCGGACGGCACAGAAACCAUCAUCAACGCCGCGGGACAAGCGCGGAGUGGCUCGACCGUCUCAGGGAAUAUUGAGUCUAUCAGCCCUCUGCUCGACAAGUAUGACGAGACUAGCAUGCAACAGGUGAAUAAACUGAUCUCGGACUUUGUCAAAGUUCGAAUACAUUGA